AUGCACAAGACGGGAGAUGUGAUUCUCGGUGGACUUUUCAAACUCCACUUCUUUGCUGCCGAACCUGACCUGUCUUUUACCUCAGAGCCACAACAGCCUGAUUGCUUUGGUUUUGAUGCUACAGGAUUCAGAAAGGCUCAGACCAUGGCCUUUGCUAUUGAUGAGAUUAACAGAAACUCUGAUCUGCUGCCCAAUGUGACUCUGGGAUACAGUCUGUAUGAUAACUGUCUCCAACUACGAAUUGGAUUCCGUGCAGCACUGUCCUUAGUCAGUGGUCAAGAGGAGCAAGUUACAUUAGAGGAGAACUGUGUGGGACCGCCUCCAGUCCUAGGGGUUGUGGGUGAUUAUACCUCUACAAAUACUAUUUCCAUAUCCACGGUCUUAGGUUUGUACAAAGUGCCUCUGGUGAGUUAUUUUGCCACAUGUACCUGCCUGGGUGACAGACAGAAGUUCCCAUCUUUCUUUAGGACGAUCCCGAAUGAUACUUUUCAGGUUCGUGCAAUGAUUCAGAUUCUAAAACGCUUUGGAUGGACUUGGGCAGGUCUGCUCAUCAGUAAUGAUGAUUAUGGAAUCCACGGUGCCCGAAUCUUUCACUCUGAUAUGGGUCCAGUGGGUGGAGGUUGUUUGGCGUACACAGAGAUUUUGCCCUGGGGUGACGACCCUGCUGAACUCAGGAGAAUAGUGGAUGUGAUGAGGAAAUCUACAGCUCGAGUGGUGAUUGUGUUUGCACAUGAGAGUCAUGUGAUCCAACUACUGGGAGAGGUAUCUACCUUGAUAACGCUGCUGCUGAGAUGUUUCUUAGUUCAGCUACAAAAGUCAAGUAAAAGUAUAUGUCAUCCAUUUUAUGGAAAGACAAAAAAUUGAGCUAGUAUUAGGUCAGCCUAACUCAUGCACAAUAAUGUAUAUAAUUAUAUAACAUGGAAAGAAACAGCAUCAUCCUGUGUUCUUUGUUUAGAGCCAUGUUAAAUAUGUGGUAUAAAGAUUUGAACUUUUUUUUACUGCUUACUGCUUAUUGAUUCUGGGCUUUAAUGGUUCUCUUAUUGGUUCUUUUUAGGAGAAAGAAUUAA